AUUCAUUCACUUCGACUUCACCACAUCGCAAAAGAAAAGAAAGAACUUUAACUAUUGGAAAAAUUGUUUCAGUGGAAAAUAUGUUAUUUAAAUAACAUCCAUGAUAAUUAGAUAGACUUUAUUAAAUUAACGCCGAAAAUGGUUACUAUUAUAAAGAAUCAGCUGUUGAAACAUUUAUCAAGAUACACAAAGAAUCUAUCACCAGAACAGAUCUCAUUGUCAGCACUUCGAGGUUCUGGAGAACUCCAAGACUUGACUUUGGACGAGGAUCUACUUACAGAUCUGUUAGAGUUACCAGCAUGGGUGCGGUUGAGUUCAGCAAAAUGCAAUCGAGUAUCAUUCAGAAUACAAUGGACCAAACUGAAAACAGUUCCUAUUGUUUUGAAUCUAGACGAAGUACACAUAGCAUUGGAGGUGUGUACAGAGCCUCGUGUGAUGAACCCUGGUGCUGCAGGCACCAUGCCCGCACCCGGAAAGUACAGCUACAUACAUAAGGUUAUAGAUGGUAUUUCGGUGGCUGUGAACCAAGUACAAGUUGACUUCAAUUGUGAUGCCUUUACCAGUAGUGUUCAGAUCUCAAGAGUAACAGUGGAGUCUCGCACACCAGAAGGUCGGAAGGGAGAUCUUAGACUGACGAGAAUCAAAUCUCCCGAUACUGGACAACUUUUGAUAUUCAAGGAAUUGGAAUGGCAGAGUGCUAGAAUAGAGGCGAAGGCGUUCGGCGACGCGGCGGCUAACCUGCCCCCUCUCCGCCUGUUGCUAGGCAACACGCACUGCAGGAUUGUUAUUAAAAAACGACUCUCCGGGCACGUUCCUAAUUUAAAAUCGUUUUCGCGUUGUUUUCCUGUUAAGUGGGCGGAGCCACGCAUUUAUAAUAUUAGUGAGAUUUCAAAACUGUUUCAGAUCGAGGAGCCCCGCGAGCAGUUACCAAGUCAUGCCAGUAGCGGCGAGCGCGACUUGCUGGCGCGCAUGUUCGCCAAGCACGACGUGCGCGAGACCUCCUACCACCUGCUGGCGCCCAGGAUAGACCUGCACCUUUGUGAUGACCCUGGAUUGGGUCGUUCAGAGAUGCCGUCGCUGGCGAAGGGUGGUGCGCUGCAGGUGACGCUGGUCAGCAUGCAGGCGGACCUCUUCCCGUACCAUAAGGCAUCUGAUGAUAGGAGACAUUGGAGGGGAUAUAGGGAAGCAGCAACACCACACAGCCAGUGGCUAUCACAGGCUUUGUCGACUUUCUGCACGACAUUGCUGGACACAUUAGACCCUAGACCCUUAACACCAAGUAAUAAGCAAAGUGAAGAGAAGGCAGAAGCGGCCGUGUCUAACGGCGUCAACCACAAGGCGACUGCGGCCUCGCCCACUGCCAAUACUCCGUCCAAUAAUGCUACUUCACAAGCUUCCCCGACACGUACAAGAAUACUGCAGCAACUCAGCAAGUUGAUGACGACCUGCCUCGUGCUUAGGAUAGACGAUUUUACUGUAAAUAAGGUAUCAACAGGGUCGAAGUCCCGCGAGCCGGCGCGGCCGCUGGUGAGCGCGGAGAAGGCGACGCUGCCCGGGGACGCGGGGCUGCUGCACGCAGAGCUCACCUUCUUCUAUUACCCUGGCGAUGUAUGCUUCCCUGUGCCAUCUCCGAAGUUAUACGUGCAGUUGAGUCCAGUCCGCGUGUCAGUGGACGUGGCCAGCGUGGUGUGGCUGUCCGCGUUCCUACCGCACGUGGCACGUGCGCUGGCUUCGGCUGCGGAUGACCAAGCCAGUUACAUUGAUGUACGCACCGAGGCUAUUAUGCCUAAGUUAGUGCUGGAGGCGGGGCCUGAGCAUGUAUCUCAGCAGAGGGACCGCCCCAAGGAGCUGCACAUUUGCACCGCGCGCGCCACAUUCACUAAUGUUAGGGAAUCGCCUAGAUCUAACACGGCGGGUACUCGCGCAGACCUCGCGUCUAUAAUAUCCAGCGUGCGGGGAGCGGCGCCGCGCGCGGGGCAGUUCCCCUGCGCGUCGGGGGACCUCGACCCCGUGCAUGAACAGUUCCUGCUGCACGCUGAUAACCUGGACGACAUAGACCGCGGCAGCGCGACCACGCCGGAGCUGGUAUGGCGCGAGAGCCGCGCGGUGUGGUGCGCGCGCGUGGAGCCGCUGUGGGCGGAGCUGUGCGGCGCGCGCGCCACCAACUACAAGCCCGCGCCGCUGCUCGACGCCACGCCCCUCACCGCAUGGGUGUAUUUCGAGGAGGGUUUCUCCCGCAUCUGGGUGAUAGGGCGCACGUGCGGGCUGGCGGGGCUGCAGCUCAACCACUACCAGCUGCUGUUCCUGCUACGCACGCUGGAGCGCGUCUCCGAGAUGAUGGCCUGGCUCGCGCAUGAUGCUGCACGGCAGCCUGAAGGAGAUGAUGGGUCAAUAGUGGUUGGCAUCGUGGUGCCAGCGGUAGAGUUAACGCUAGUGCUGCCCUCCAACUGCCCCGGACAGGAGUCUUCCAGGGACCUCGACAGCGUGCCUUUAGAUUCUUCUAGUCUGCAAGACCUUAAAAUGGGUUCAGAGUCGACAAUGGCGCCCUCUAUGCAAGACCGUGACAGUGCUGUUUUGUCUCUGCCCGCCCCUAUAGAGAUCUGCAGCGCGCAGCCUCUGCCAGCUGAGGAGGUACCACCCAGUCCAGGGAUCACCUUUGGAGGUUUCUCGUCAAUGCGUCGCGGUCUGACGUCACUAGUGACGUCACUGGACGCGCUGGGGCGGGACGACUCCCGCAGCGACGCCGCGUCCACCGCCAGCUCCGACAGCGAGCGGUACGUGCUGGUGGGGCUGGCCGCGGAGUCGCCUGAUGAUGCUGAUGUCGCCUUCAGGGAGUUCGAGCAGGGGCGCAUGUCGAGCGGCGUGGAGGUGGCGGCCGAGGUGGUGGAGCGCUCCUCCUCCCCCAGCGACCACUCCCUCGCCAGCUCCUGCAGGAGGCGAGACCUGAUAUCAACGUGCACGUGGCGUCUGAAUAAUAUCCAUUUAGUGCAACAAAGUGCAAACGGUAAAUCUUGUUUGCGUCUCGCCGCUGACGACCUCACUACUGACGAAUGCGCGGCAAUACCGUGGGAUGAGUUCCAGAACAAGUUUUCAAUGCGAGCUCGUGCUUGGACGGAACCUGUCGUAGAUGAGACAGAAUUGAAGAUGAGAGACACUCCGCAUGUCGCUCUUAGACUGAUUAGAAAUGAACUGCCAAAACAAAUGGAUGAAAAAGGUGAAUCAGUAGGGCUAGCUUUGUAUGAGGAGUUAUUGGAGGCUCGAUUACGUGAUCUGAGCGUGGCUCUCAACAUGACCACCGCGUUGGCGCUCGCAGAGUUCGUUGAAGAUGAGAUUAUUGCCCCGCCAAUGCCGUUAGAGGUAUUAAUAGAAAACGUAAAACUCCAUUUAAUAGAAGACCGUCCAACUCGUUCGAUAUCCUCUCCUCCACCACAACCCCUGGAUGUAGACCUGAGCUCGUUGCGGGUGACGCGCGACAGCACGGGCGUGGUGUACCUCGGCCCGCCCCUCGCCACGCCCUCCACCGUGACGUCACCGGCCACGCCCACGCACCACGAUGACGUCACCGACAGGAUGGAACAGCUCAGCAAAGAGAACGAGGAGUUGAGAAAACGACUGGUCACAUUGGCCAGGAUAGCUGAGGAUAAUAGGGAAUUGAGAGCUAAAGUGGAGGAGGCGUCAGUGCUGAAGCAGUGCGUGCACGCGGCGCAGCAGGAGGCGGCUGGCUUGCUGGCGGAUAAGCAGCAGCUGUUGGACGUCGUGCGAGGCUUGCAGGAGCAAUUAAGUGGUGUUCGCGGAAAAAGGUAGCGGUCCCGCAGCGGCGCGCAGCAGUGCCUCGACUGCACGGCGUGCUGCGGCGACCGACGUUAGAACCCCCGCGACGCACGUGCUGCACCGCGCCGGGGGUCAGCCUACGCUGGCUAGAACAUACGUUCUUCGAGAGAUAAAUUUUGUAAACUAAUGUUUAUGAUAUUUUAUAUAUUCAUCAGUAAUUUAGUGAAGUGAAAUUGUAAAAUAUAUGUUAAUUUUGUACGAUCGGAUUUAAUGGAAAUGAGAAAUUGUAUAGACAUGUCACUUGACAAUGUCUUUUAUUGUCUAUGGAUUUAUUUUGUUACACCUGUCUGUUAUUAAUAAGUCUACGAUUACAGCCUUAUAAAGGUGAAAUUGUUUAGAUAUGUUUGUUUUAAUUUCUUAUUUCAAUUGAAUUCGACUAAUUCAAUAUGAGAAAAUAUCAAUUUCAGAAAAUUUUUCGUUUACAAAGUUUAGAUCUUGGAAAUAGUAACUGCCUAUAGAAUUUUUACGCGAUAAAUAAUUACUUAUAGUAAAUUAAUUACCAUUAAUUCGAACUCAGAUUGAAAAAAUAGAUGCGUUAGAUUUGAAUAACAUAUCGGCUCUUAUGUAGACUGUUGUAAGUCAUAAUUUUGCGAUUUCAACUUUCAUCAUCACCAGCUCACUAUACGUCCCCACUAGAAAAAGAACUGUACCUUUUAGUUGUCUUUACUAAUA